CAGAAGGACAGGUUGCCUACAAACGGACUCAUUACUUCCCAGUGACCAUUGUCAAUUACAAGACAAAAACUCCCACGGUUUAUAAAGGUUUGAACGUAUGCGUACGCACGCAGAGCGCAUCUAAGCUCAUCCGCAGUUAGUGCCCGAGUGUUUCGCUAAUAAAAUAGAGGAAGUGCCAAUUUUAUUAACUUUUGCAACAUGACAUAUUAUUACAAAUGCCUAAUAUCGCUGCUAGUCUUGGUGUCGACGCAUGCAGCUCCUAAAAAUUUAUUAGAGCAAAAGAAAGCGGCUCUUGUUUCAAGACAAAUAAAAGGAACAACUGACGAUCUCAAAACCUCAAGCAGUUCUUAUUCAAGUCAAUACUCCAACUGGGGUGGACACUCUCCUGGCGGAUAUGGAUUCUCCAUAACUGGUAUUGGCACAAUAGACAGAAGCGAUUAUUAUGACCCGAGUUACAAUACAUUAGGUGGAUAUGAUAGUUCAAUUAAAAACACUGGUUAUGGAAGCAGCGGUUAUGGCUUAACUGGAUACGGUGGCCAAGGAUCUGAAGGAUACAUAGGAGGGAGGGAGUCAUAUGGUGGAUAUGGUCAAAGUGGCUAUGGAGCAGCCGGAUUUUCCCCAAGUGGUUAUAGUGCGAGUGGUUUUGGAGCCAGUGGACUGGAUGGUGCCAGUGGAUAUAUCAACAACGCAGGAUACGGUGGGGGCAAUGGAGGCUAUGGUGGUUAUGGUGGAAACGGUGGUUUGACUUCCUACUAUGGUUAUAACAAUCCAUCCUAUCAAGGCGCCGGACAUCUCGGAUACGGCUACUACAACAAAAAGCCUGGUUAUGGAAAUAUCUACAGCAGUGGCAUCACCCCGAGUUUAGUUACGGGUUAUAGGGGUUAUUCGCGUAGAUAAGUAAAAAUAGCACAUUGGUACCUUAUAGAAUGCACUAACAUACUAAGGGUAGAUUCAAGGUAGUACCUACACGAACCGUGUCACAUUCAAAGAAAUCUCUUCAUUCUAGACAUAUCCGCGUCAAAGCUCCUACCGGAUUCAACCUCUAUUAGAUACUAGCUGAUGCCCGCGACUUCGUUCGCGUGGAUGUAGGAUUUUUAAAAUUCCCGUGGG